AUGACAUAUAAUUUAUGGUCGGACCUCUCUAAAGAUUUAUCCUCUUUAAUUGACAAUGAUGACGAUUAUAAUGAUUAUAAUGUCAUCAUUAAGGUCGGAGAGAAGGAAUUUCGUGCGCAUUCCAAUAUUUUGCGUUGUAGAUCUAAUUAUUUUCGUCAUGCGAUAUCAAAAAAUUGGUGGUCCAUGAAUGAAAAUAAAAAAUUUGUUUUAUCAAAGCCAAAUAUGAAACCUGAAGUUUUUGAUGCUGUUCUAAAUGGUAGUUUCAAUUUCAACGAAUUUAGUCCGCAAAUCAUCCUCGAAAUUUUGGAAGCUUCGGAUGAAUUUAUACUUGAAAGCUUGAUAGAUACCAUUCAAACCUACAUGAUCGAGAAGCAGUCCGAAUGGUUACAACUCAAUAUUAUUAAUCCUCUCAACAUAGUAUGUAAACAUGAUCAUAUUACUAAACUACGGAAUCAUUUAACUGAACUUGUUUGUAAGAAACCUCAUUUGUUAUUCGCAUCAAUGGAUUUUCCUUUAUUAGAAGAAUCCGCUUUGAUUUAUGUCUUAAAACAAGACGACCUAGAGUUGGAAGAGAUGAAAAUAUUGGAGAAUGUUAUCAAUUGGGGGGCCGCAAAUAGCAAUCCAAAAUUAAGUCAGGAUCGUACUAAAUGGACCAAUAAUGAUUUAUUGGAACUUAAAAGGACGUUACAUCAUUGCAUCCCUUUUAUCAGAUUUUUUCACAUUCACUAUAAUGAUGUUAUGAGAACUCCAUUUCAAGAUAUUCUAUCAAAGAAAGUUAAAAAUAAUGUCAGAAAUUACCAUCUUAAUCCUUACACAACGGAACGAUUGCAAGCUGGAUAG